AUGGGCCCCAACUUGCUCCUGCUGCUGCUCCUGAUACCGGCAGGUCAGAGCUCAGUGUACAGCCUCCCUGAGGUGCUGCAGGCGUCCCUGGGGGGCUCCAUUGUGGUGCAGUGCCACUACCGACUCCAAGACAGCAAGGCUCGGAAGGUGUGGUGCCGGUUCAUGCCGGAGGGCUGCCAGCCUGUGGUGUCCUCGGCAGUGGACCGCAGAGUGUCAGGAGGCAGGCACCCAUUUCUCACUGACCUGGGUGGGGGCCUGCUCCAGGUGGAGAUGGUCAACUUGGAGGAGGAGGAUGCGGGCGAGUAUGGCUGUGUGGUAGAGGGAGCCUCCGGGCCGCAGACUGUGCACCGAGUGAUUCUGGAGAUUCUCCCUACUGGUGAGUUUUCAUCUAGUUAUACCCUCGGGGCCCUGGGCAAGGAGGCCUCCUCAGACCUUGUGGGCAGUGCCAGUCCUCCAGAACCCAGCCAGGAUGAGAAGAGCAUCCCACUGAUCUGGGGCGCGGUGGUCCUGCUAGGCCUGCUGGUGGUGGCAGUGGCAGUGGUGCUGUUUGCUGCGAUGGCCAAAAGGAAAGGGAACAGGCUCGCUGCUAGUUGUCCAUUCCAGAAUAGCACAGCUCCAGGCAUGGACCCCUCCUCAGUGGCUCAUUGUAUCGGUGAUCCUGGACAGGCUGUGGAUUCGCCAUCGAGUGUGCCAUAUGUUAGGCUCGACUCACCACCCUCCUUUGACAAUACCACCUAUGCCAGCAUAUCAGGGAAACCCCCACUCCCAUCGCCAUCCUCCUCUCUGCCUCCUAAGGCCCUAAUCUGCUCCAGCCCUGUGACAUAUGCCACAGUCAUCUUCCCUGGAGGGGACAAAGGUGGAGGGGCUUCCUGUGGACCAGUCCAGAACCCACCUAACUAA